AUGCGUCGAAAGUCUGCCUUUUUCUACCCAUUCAUAGCCUCUGCAAUAUUCAUCUGCUUAGUCUACCAUGUGAAGUCCAGUAUUAAAGUGGAUAAUAAUAUCAAACCCUUAACUGGGGCGGGACGAACUAUGCCGACAUCAACGCUCAAGCGCAAACCUUUACCUCACCAAAUGUAUCAAGAAAGAGUUAAGGCCUGUCUCAACUAUAUGGAGUAUGCCUCGAUAGCACACUUCAGGGACAUCGAAGAAAAGUCACCUCUCAAUUUACCUUUUCAAAGACCACCUGUGAAUUGUAGGACUUUUGAAUCUAGCAUCGUCGAGAAGUUCUUACCUGAAUUCACUAAACGGCUCAAAGAUCGAGAUCUGGCCAAGCUGUUUGAAAAUUGUUUUCCUAAUACUUUGGAUACCACGAUUUUAUGGCAUGUUUCGGCAACGAUGAACCGGAAGCUAGGGAAUCACAAGAGAAAGUCCACAGCCUACAGAAACGAAUUACCUGAGACGUUUGUCGUAACAGGGGAUAUUCAUGCCGAGUGGCUGAGAGACUCUGCUUGGCAACUUUCGGUUUACCAGCCCUUCAUCAAACACGAUUUCGCUCUCCGAGAACUCAUCAAAGGCGCCAUCAAUACACAGUCCCAAUUGAUUAUGGAGAACCCCUUCUGCAAUGCAUUUAAUCCACCGCCAUAUUGCCCAGUCAAAAGAGCUGCGAGCACAAUUGAUAAAGUCCAUCCUACUCCCGAUUGGAACCAGGUCUUUGAAUGUAAAUACGAGGUUGACUCUUUAGCUUCAUUCCUUACUCUAUCUAGACAGUUCUACGAGAACGCACCCGAAGACGAAAAGUUCUCUUUUGUGAAUACCGAUUGGAUUCUAGCGGUAACAAGGCUGGUUGGUGUGAUUUCUGCCGAAUCCUCCUCAACUUUUGAUGGGUCUGGGGCACCAAACGACUUUCCGUACACUUUCCAGCGAGACACCAAUGUGGCUUCAGAAACUCUACCACUGGCCGGUACAGGGAACCCGGUCAACAGCGGGACCGGCCUCGUAAGGUCAGCAUUUAGACCCAGCGAUGACUCUACAAUUUUUCAGUUUUUUAUACCCGGAAAUGCGUAUCUAUCUGUUGAGCUUGAGCAGCUAUCAGAAAUGCUUUCAGAGUAUCAGAGAGAAGGUCUGACGUCGUCGCAUGACGCUGACAUAAAGAACAUUGCGGAAGUGGCAGCUGAGCUGUCCGCACGCAUAAGGGAAGGAGUAAUGAAACAUGGCGUUGUGAACAAUCCGAAGUAUGGGAAAGUUUUUGCAUAUGAAGUGGACGGCUUUGGAAGCUUUUUGUUGAUGGAUGAUGCCAACAUUCCGUCAUUACUUUCACUUCCAGAGCUCGGGUUCAUCGGUUCCGAUAAUGAUGUAUACCAAAACACGCGACGGAUGAUUACCUGCAAGGAAGGAAAUCCUUAUUUCAUCGAAGGAAGUCACUUGCAAGGGAUCGGCGGCCCUCACAUAGGAAUUCAUAACGUUUGGCCGCUGAGUUUGAUUGUGGCUGUACGUACCUCCAACAGUGAUCAGGAGAUUGUUGAUAUGCUCAACAUGAUUAUACAGAAUACCGGCGGGCUUGGGCUCAUUCAUGAGUCCAUCCAGGCUUUCAAACCCGAUGGGUUGGCUUUCACGAGACCAUGGUUUGCAUGGGCCAAUUCUGAGUUUGCCAAGACGAUUUUGCAUUUGGCAGAGACCAGGCCGCAUUUGAUAUUUCGGAAGGAGUUUGUGAAUGAGAGGUUCAGGAUAGACAGUUUUUUGUUAUCCUUGGAAUCGGAUCAGUAG